AUGGCCGGCCAUCAAUGUGCACCUUCUUUAGAAGAACCUACCACUUCACGGCAGUUACAAACACGUGUAAACAUUAAUGACAGACAUUUCGAACAGUCCGUUGAGCAUAUGCUAAGCGAAAUUAUCGGCGAUGAUAACAGUUUAUCAGAUGUUGGCAGUGACGACACGGAUGACGAUCCUAAUUACGAACUGAGUGACCACCUCUCAGAUAGUGAGCAGGAAAUGGAUUUGAAUCAUGAACAACUUCCUUACGACAAUCCACAAAUUGAGGACGAUCAUGUCGACCAGCUGAUGGACCAAGAGGACCAACCGAUAGACCACGUGGCCGAUGCAAUCGAGGAGGAAGGAAUGAAUACUAUUCCGUUGAACGAAGAUGAAUCCAGACACAUAGAUGAAAUCAUUUCAAGUGUAAUUAAUGGAGCUGGUCAACUGCGACAAUACCUUCAUUAUUACGGUAAAGCAACCAAGAACAAACCAGCUUUCAAAUGGAGGAAAAAACAGCCUCCUACCAACGUUAGGACAAGGAAUCACAAUAUCAUUAUGAAGGUUCCCACCCUAAAAGAUAGAGCCAAAGCUUUGGGUGAUGCACCAACUCCGUUACAGAUUUUUGAACUGCUGAUGACUCAAGACAUGUUUCAAGAAAUCUUGCACUGGACUAACCUAAAAAUAAGCCAAGCUCGCGAAAAAUACAAGAGGAAAAAUUUGUCAUUUAUUCAAGAUAUGGAUAUUGUUGAGUUGAGAGCUCUUGUUGGCUUAUUGAUCUACUCUUCUGUAUUCAAAGCAAACAACGAGUCUGUGCUGUCAUUUUACGCUACGGAUGGAACAGGUCGUGAAGUAUUCAGAUGUACAUUCUCUAAAGAGAGAUUUCUUUUUUUGAUUAGUGCGUUGAGGUUCGACAACCCAGCCGAUAGGCAAGAUAGAGCUAAAGACGACCCAGCCGCUGCCAUCUCAAAAAUCCUUCAGCGUUUCAUUGACAACUCUCAACAAUGUUAUUCUAUUGGAGAAACGGCUUGUGUGGAUGAAAUGCUAAUUGCCUUUCGUGGUAGAUGUCGCUUCCGUAUGUACAUGCCGAACAAGCCGGCGAAGUACGGCAUAAAAAUUAUGGCGAUGACGGAUGCCCGCACUCAAUUCCUGUAUAAUGCUUAUAUCUACAGUGGAAAAGAUUGUUAUGGCAACGGACUAUCUGCUUCGGAGAAAAAGCUCAGCAAACCAACACAGUCGGUCCUGAGACUGGUGAAACCUAUUGAAGGAUCACGCAGAAACGUUACUGGUGACAACUGGUUUUCAUCCAUCGAACUUGCAAACGAAUUGAAGAAGAGAGAUUUGACCUACGUAGGGACGAUGAAGAAAAAUAAGAUUGAAAUUCCAGAGGAGUUCAAGCCGAAUACUGAUCGGGUCGUGUCUUCAUCUAUUUACGGAUUCACUGAUGACCUCACCCUUAUGUCAUAUGUACCCAAGCAAAAGAAAGCUGUUAUUAUGAUUUCUUCCAUGCAUCAUGGCCAACAUGAUGACCCUGACACUGGAAAACCGGAGAUGAUCGAAUUCUAUAAUCAUACAAAGGGAGGAGUUGACGGCCUGGAUUUCAAAUGUGCUAAUUAUUCGUCAAGCAGAAGAACGAAGAGAUGGCCAAUGGCCGUAUUCUAUACAAUUGUAGACGUGGCAUCAGGUGUGAAUUCAUUUGUCCUGUACCAAUCUUUCAAAGACUCUUCCAAAAAAACCACUAGAAUGGAGUUCAUAAAAGACUUGGCAGCAUCCUUGGUCCAGCCUCACAUGCGCCGGAGACUCAACAAAGGACGAUUAGACAAGGACCUGAAAUUCUCAAUCAGAAGAAUUCUUGGACUUCGUGAUGAACUAGAACCUGGACAGCAUCCCGACGUGCUGGAAAGGAAAAAGACUUGUUCCUUCUGUCCCCCUAAGAAGAAGCGGCAGACAAGAUUCCCUUGCAUAAAGUGUGGUGUCCCCAUAUGUUUAGAAUGUACGAAAAAAGUGUGUGUGCGAUGUAUCGCAAGCGAUGAUAAGUAA